AGAGGGGCUUGAUGCAUCAUGUCUGGACCACUGGAGCGAGGUGGAUGAUGCUUUUGCUCUUAUAUCAAGCCCUGCGUUAAACAGCAGGUGCAUGGAUACGUAACGCAGCAGCUGGAUUCGAACCCAUGACCUCUUGGGUUCAAGGCAAACCUGCUGACCAGCACUUAGAGGAGGCUUUGCUUGGGAAAGAAAAAGCGGCGAGUGCGUGUGAAGCUCUAAAGGAGGACGAUGGGAGAGUCCGAGACUGAAGGGCUGUAAGGAGCGCACAGGCUCUGCGGCCCUCAGACGCCUGCCCAGUACCAGCCUGUCCGUCCCGAUGGGCAGAGACGACAGCACCACAGUGGACAUGGCAGAGGGACGCAAAGUGCACACAGUUUAUCCUUGAUAAAAUGGACCUGCCAUAUUGUUCACCCUGGCUUUGGUUACGAGAACAUCCUACAUGCAGCAGCUGAUGCCAUGCUGUAGAUGAGGAAGCGGAGAUGCCGAGGAGAAGAGACGUUCUUGCGCUGGUGCUGAUCGUGUUGCCAUGGACUUUGCUCAUCACAGUCUGGCAUCAAAGCCCGGUCACACCUCAGCCUGUCGCUCGAAAGGAUAACAGACGUCUGGUCAGCAAAACUCACGGUAACGGCCUCCGACCCAAAGAGUCCUGUGUUAUAUAUAACAGCAUCUCCCCGGGGGUCGUUCGGACGGAAUAUGCUUACGGCCGACCGCCACCCUGGUCUGACCUGCUGCCCACCAUUCACGUCAUAACGCCCACUUACACUCGGCCCGUCCAGAAGGCAGAACUGACCCGUCUUGCCAACACCCUGCUGCACGUGCCCAACCUGCACUGGAUCGUGGUGGAAGACGCCCCCCGCAGGACGCCGCUGGUGUCCAGGCUGCUGCGGAGCACAGGCCUGAACCACACCCACCUGAAUGUGGAGACCCCCCGGGCCUACAGGCUGCAUAGAGAGCCCCGGGCUGCACGCGUGCCCCGCGGGACCGCCCAGAGGAACCUGGGUCUGCGCUGGCUCCGGGAAGCCCUCGGACGUGGCGCUGACCACCGCGGGGUCGUGUACUUUGCUGACGAUGACAACACAUAUAGUCUGGAGCUGUUUGAGGAGAUGCGCUCCACGCAGAAGGUCUCCGUCUGGCCGGUUGCAUUCGUGGGCGGACUCCGUUACGAGUCGCCUAAGAUCAACACCAUGGGUAAAGUGUACGGCUGGAGGACCGUGUUCGACCCUCACCGCCCUUUCGCCAUCGACAUGGCCGGCUUCGCCAUCAACCUCCAGCUCGUCCUCAGCAAACCUCAGGCCUAUUUUAAGCUGAAGGGAGUUAAAGGGGGAUACCAGGAGAGCAGCCUGCUGAGGGAGCUGGUCACUCUCGGUGACUUGGAGCCCAAGGCCGACAACUGCACAAAGGUACUGGUGUGGCACACUCGGACUGAAAGACCCGUUUUGGUCAACGAAGGGAAAAAGGGAUUUACUGAUUUCAGUGUGGAGAUAUGAAGGGUUCUGGCAGCCUUGCACAAAAAGCUCAAGGCGAAGCUCCUACCAGUCAUGAACUGGUACCACAGUGUGCCUGAUAUACUCUUCUAAUGGCAUCACGAAGCCCUCACUGCUUUCAGUUCAAUACUGAAUUAAUAUGUUAAUAAUAAUAGAGCCUCAAAGCACAUAUGGGACGUUGCAAUAUUGUUUCUAAUGUAAAAGAAGAAAUGCACUGAUAGGACCUUCUAGAGCCAUGUAAUACACAGAUACAGCUGCACUCUAUUUCCAGCAAAUGUGACCCUAAAAGACUUUCAAAAGUAACCAGCAUCUCCAGACAGCAGGUGAAUGGACAUUUUCCAUCUGCCCUUUAGUUAUGGAGAGUCUACUUCUCUGUUUUCUCGCACUCGAUAGCCAUUUGAUCAGCCACAGAAGAAAGAGACUCUUGUCCGGCAUGAGUCAGCGCUGAGCAAUAGUUUAAUUAUCAUAGUGGACAUGAACCCUGUCCUCACACUGGGCCAUUCAGAUGGCCAGCCGUACUCCGGCUCUAAUGAGGAGCACUUUUGUUUCGUGUUUGGAGAACGACACUCUUUUUCUUACGUCUACUUUGACUUUGUAUGUUCGCCGAGUUAAGACGGGGACAGUAGCCCAUUGAAACAAAAGGUCAGUGCGAAAACUGUUUGGAGCUGGUUAGAGACUGUAUGCACCAGGGCUGGACGAUAUGGUCAAAACAGCAUAUUGAGAUUAUAUUGCCACAUGUUGCCAUUGUGAUAUGCCUGGUAAUAUAAUGAAAUAUACUGGUUGAAGAUUGGCCAGCAUUACUUUGACCAAAGUGAUUGGCCUCAAUUUAUACACACACCCGUCUCUAAACAUCUAAGAACGUCUAUGACUGGUCAUGAUGUUCGUAGAACACAGUGGCCUUUAUUCUUCAAAGCUGCGUAGUUGAUUUGGGGUUAAUCAAAACUAUCAUCAAUGUCAUCUAUAAUACCAAUAAUAAGAAUACAAACAGAAAAUAAUAGUACUAAUGAUUUAUGCAGUACAAAUGUACUUAUUUUACAUGCACAUUGGUAUAAACAAACAAUUAUUCCAUGCUCUAUUUAAAGACAUAUU